AUGGAACUCCCAAAAUUCGCGCCGACCUCAACAAGCGAAGAAGAAGAAAUGUUAAAGGAACAUGUAGAGGGAGAGAGACUUCCACCAGAAGAAGAAAAGGAGAAGGAGGCGCCGCAGGAGGAGCCCAAACCAGCAGGGAAACUGGUUAGGUUUUCAGGAGAAGGAAAUCAAAAGAGAAGCCACUAUAAGGCUUUCGAGUUUGCCGGAAACCGAUACACUAUUGAGGAUCCUGUGCUUCUAGCUCCUGAAACUAAAGAGCUAAAGCCUGACAUUACAAUUAUCAAGGACAUUACUCAGACCAUUGAUGGUAUGGUGAUUGUCACUGGACAAAGGUUAUAUCGCCCUGAAGAGGCUAAGAAAAAGGGUGGUGGAAGCUGGCAGAUACGUGAUAGUAGAGAGCUAUUCUACAGUAUCCAUCGUGUUGAGGUUCCAGCAAAAUGUGUAAUGCACAAGUGUGUGGUGUAUUUUGUCUCUGUCAACAAGCAGCUUCCAGAUAGCAGAAAACAUCCUGGUUUUAUUAUCCAACAAGUUUAUGAUGCUGAAAAGCAGAAGCUCUGGAAGAUAAUUGACAAGGAGUAUGACUAG